CGUGAUAAUGAACGCACUCGUCCGUCUGCUGUUGGGUCAUCAGAGCCUGUGGUGGCCAACGAAAGGUGCGUUUUAGGCGUGUACGUAAUGCCACUAGAGAUAACGGUCGAGUCAAUAGGGCCUACUCCCUCUUCGUAG